AUGGGACCGUCUCGGCGACCAGCUGCAUCCCCCGCCGUCGCGGAGCUCGCCUUGCUUCUCUUGACUUUGUCUCUCUCGGGGUCAGUCCUUGCGUGCAAAGGGCCUCACCAUCACCAUGAUGAGUUUGAAUCCGUAAGAAGUCUCGACCGCAGACGGCUGGAGCCCGUCGCGUCGAUUGGCGAAACCGAGGUGAUCGCGUCCCCCGACACUGCGAGUCUUCUUGAAGAGGCCCCAUUUCAGCGUCGCGAGGCCUCCAGGGAGGACACGCGCGAAGAGAGUCGUGAAGGAGUGGACCCCCGCCCGGGCAAGAUGGAUAUGCUUUUCCUCGCUGCGAUGGUCGACGCGAGAGCACCGGGUGGAGAGGAAGUCGCUGGCACAGUCAACAUCAUAAGGCAGUCUCCACGUCGGGAUCCUGCAGGGGUCCAGCAGGUGUCCCGCACUCCGUCGUCCGUGCAGGAGAGGACUCGCCUUGAAGAGCAGGCGAAGUCGUCUUCACAGUCAGAUUCACAGACUCAGGUGUCGCCUGAGGCCGGCCUUGAGGCAGACUCUCCCCAGCGUCCUGAGCGUCCUUCUGUUCUGGAGUUGGACGUCCGCGGGGGGUAG